UACGAGGUGUUGUCGGACGCCAAGAAACGCGAUGUGUACGACCGCCAUGGCGAGGCGGGGGCGGAGGGUGGCUGCGCAGGUGGCAGACCCUUUGAGGACCCCUUCGAGUACCUCUUCAGCUUCUGCGACCCGGCCGAGGUCUUCAGGGAGUUCUUCGGUGGCCAGGACCCAUUCUCCUUUGACCUCUUCGGAAACCCGCUGGAAAAUAUUUUUGAGUCGGAGGAACUCCCGGGGAAGCAGAAGCAGAGGGUCUGCACCCCUUUUCUCUGCCUUCAGUGAAUUUCUAGCUUUUGAGGGUGGUUUUUCUUCUUUUGAUACAGGAUUUAGUUCCUUUGG